AUGGGAAAGAAGAAAUCAGCAAAGAAGGGUAGCAAGGGCUACAAUAGAGUGCCAGAUGAUGGGGGGGAACACGUUUCUCGAUCGCCGUCCAUGAGCUGCAGUCGCAAAAAGCGGCGUGGCAAGAACAACAAAGCCUCUGGAAAUUUUGCGGAAGAUUCUAAACUUAGAGACUCUUUGGAAUCUGAUGGAUCAAAAACGAUCAUUGACAUCGAUGCAGAUGGAAACUGCUUGUUUCGUUCGUUGUCCGAUCAGCUAUACCACGAUUUUGGAAGCAAGCACGCGGAGAUUCGGUCGGACGUUUGCGAUUACCUGGAAGCUUUUGAAGAGGAUUUUAGCGUUUUUUUAGUGCUGGACGAGAACGAAGACGAUGAAGAUGCGGCUGACUUUAAUACAUACAUCAAGAAUAUGCGACAAGAUGGGGACUGGGGAGGCAAUGUAGAACUUGUUGCAGCUGCUCGACUAUAUCGGCGAAAUAUUACUGUGUUUUCGGCCUCCAUGGGUGCCUACACGAUUGAACACGGCAGUGAUAAGCAAUCCGCUGGAUCUGACCUGUGUAUAAGCUAUCACGACAACGAUCACUACAACAGUGUUCGGAAUCAUGCAUCGGGAAAGCCUUCCGUUCCCUUAAAAACGUUUGUCAAGUCGGAAUCUGACGACAACGAAUUCUGUACCGAAAGAAAGGAAGCCAUGGUUGAUGGCCCGUGUGAGGAAAGUACUCUCGACGCCCUUCCCGACACAGGAAUGUCCAUUGAAACAACGAAGAAGUCCGCACCCUGUCCAUGUGGCAGCGGUCUGCGCUAUAAAAAAUGCUGCUUCGCAAGCAAAAGUCACGUUAAGAGACUACACAGGAUGCAGGACUCCGAAAAAAGAGAUGCGAAUGUGGAAAGUGAACAUCAACCAAAGAUGGACGGUACUUUUCGGGUAAUGACAAUCUAA